GAUGUCUUAACAAUAAGGAAAGGGUGGAAAAGCUUAACAAACAAAGACAGAUGGAAAACCUGCAGCUCCAGCUAAAGUUGUCAAACCUUAAGAAACUAAGGAGAAUGUAAUGAGAAAGAUUAGAAUUGAAAAAUUAAUGGUUCAUAUUUGUGCAGGAGAAUCUGGUGAUAAAUUAACAAAGGCAGCCAAGGUUUUAGAGGAUUUAACAGGAUAAAAACCAGUAUUUGGUAAGGCAAGAUACACAGUGAGAUCUUUUGGUAUCAGAAGAAAUGAAAAAAUUUCUGUAUUCUGUACAAUAAGAGGAGAUGCUGCUAAAGAUAUAUUAUUUAGAGGAUUAAGAGUUAAAGAAAUGGAAUUGAAAAAGAGAAACUUCUCUGAUUCAGGAAACUUUGGAUUUGGCAUAUAAGAACAUAUUGAUUUGGGAUUAAAAUAUGAUCCAUACACAGGUAUUUAUUAUUAUAAAUGUUAUUUAGGUAUUUUUGGUAUGGAUUUCUAUGUUAUCUUGUCAAGACCAGGAUUAAGAGUUGCUCAAAGAAAAUCAAGAAAUGCAAGAUUAGGAACAGCUUAAAGAGUCUCUAAAAAAGAAGCUAUGGAAUGGUUUAAAUAAACAUUUGAAGGUAAUGUCUAUUGAU